AUGCACGCGCUCGUCCUCGCCGCGCUGCUGCUGCGGAGCACCGCGCUCGCACCGGUCGCGAGCCGCCGCGGAAUGUGCGAGCGAGCCGGCGCCGCUGCAGCGGCGGCCUGGACCGCCGCGCGCCCCCGGAGCGCCGCCGCCGCCGCGCCGCCGCUCUGCGACGAGGCCGUGAGCGCGCUCGCGAACGGCAAGAGCACGGUCUACCUCGUCGGGACCGCCCACGUCUCGGACGUCUCCGCGCGGCUUGUCGCGGAGACGAUCGACGCCGUGCGGCCGACGCUCGUCAUGGUCGAGCUCGACGGCAAGCGCGUCCAGGGCUUCGGCGGCGAGGCGCCCGGCCCCGCGACGCCGCUCGCGCCGGCGCCCGUCGGCCAGCGGCUCGGCGCGUUCGUCGUCGGCGCGGUGCUGCGGUCGCUCUACAAGUCGCUCGAGCGCCUCGGCCUCGACACGGGCGAGGAGUUCGCGGUCGCGCUGCGCAAGGCGCGGAGCGCCGGCGUCCCCGUUCUCCUCGCGGACCGCGACGUCGACGAGACGCUGCGGCUCGUCGGCGACGCCGUCAGGAAGACGACGUCCAAGGACCUCGAGAACUUCGAGGCGGCGCUGUCGCCGGCGCUCGCGGGCGACCUGACGCGCGCGGUCGACGUCGCGAGCCGCGACAGCGUCGCGUCGACGGUCGAGCUCGUCAAGAAGCGCGAGACCGUGCGGACCAUCGUCGCCGCGCUCGAGGCCAACGCGCCCGCGCUCUACGACGCGCUCGUCGACUCCCGCGACGCCUACAUGGCCGCGAGCCUCCUCGACCGCCUCGGCGCCGCGGGCCCGGGCCAGCGCGUCGUCGCCGUCGUCGGCAUGGCCCACGAGGACGGCAUCGCCCGGCGCCUCGCCGCGCGCGGCUUCGCGCCGGCGCCGCGGAGGGCCCUCGCGUGCGCCGGGGGGUAA